AUGCUCAACCUCAAAGUUUUUGGAUUUUGUGUGAUUGUCAUCGCCCUCGGUUUGGUUUUGGCGGGAAGCAACGACGGGGGAGCGGGAGCUGCUUACGGUGCGGCGAAAGGCACCAAUGGUAGUGCCUUUAUUAGUCUUGAGGGAGGAGCCUAUUGUCCAGGCCAAAAUGGCAAAUUUUGUGGCUCGACUUCAUUUGCUCAUUACUACAAUUGCUGUGGUGAUAACAAUGCUGAGUGCUGCUUUGCUCUUCAGAUUUGGGUGUACAUUACCCUUGCGGUUCUUGUACUUAUAAUGAUCAUCUCCACAUUCAUCGGAAUCAUUUGCUGUUCUGUAAGAAGUAGUCAGACAUCCUAG